GCACCACUGUUAAAUAUUGGAUACAUCUCUGGAGCCACUCCUUAUUCUGUGGGUACAAAAAAUCUUUCCCCUGUGCAGAAGUUGAUUCGCUUCACACAAGUUCUCUAUGAAACUGUGCUUAUUUCUGGACUAAUCACUUCCAUUGUGCUCCUUCGGAUGCACAUUAAAGAGUUCAACAUUGCUGAGCAUGCCCCUCCGUUCAUCAAGCUAUUUCACGUUGUGGAGCAUGUUCUGGACAUAUUUUUGGUGAUCGUAAUCUGCUAUGGUGAACAGUUUAUGCGAGUAGACUUCAAAGAAAUUUGGGAUCAGCUGGACGAUGUGUUGCAAAUUUUUGGACCCGUGGCAGUUGAAAUUUUGAACCAGCGGAAGUGGUUUGCGAUCAUUGCGAUUUACGCAAAUUUGGCUGUACAGGUCGUGGUUGUUUGGAGUGUUUUGUAUACUGUGCAAAGCAUCCGAGUGGUUCCGCUGCUAGUUACUGUACACGUUCCACUUGCUCUAACUAUUAUAUUUCUUCAAAUUUAUUGCUUUGCGGUAACUACUAUAGCAAGGAUGAUCAAUGAAAUUAAUAAAAGACUGGAGGUUCUCGUGAAGCUUCACAAUGAACCUUUUAACUUGGAGAAGCCACCAUACCAUGAGUUAUCUCGUCUAAGGAAAAUCCAUCUACAACUUGUUGUCCUAAUGGAACAGAUAAACGACGCCACCGGAGUAAUAAUGAUAUCGAUUCUGAGUUCAACCUUUGCAAACAUGAACAGUAACAGCUUGUUCUUGUACACUAAGAUCAAAAUAGAGGAAAAAUUUCCCGGAUAUACUCGUUCUAUAAUUGAAAUUUGUUUGCUAAUGCUGCUCAAAAUCUUAAAAGUUCUAACAAUGAUUGUUCCAAACAGUUUAGUUAAAAUGGAGAACCACAAGACGGCAACAAUAUUGUGCAAAUUUGAAGAUUCUGAGCAUGAGAAGUUCAACUCGGUGAUAAGCAAAUACUUACAGCAAUUAAAUGAGCAAAAAGAUAUUUCUUCUGCAUGUGGAUUAAUUCAGUUAGAUUUGCCGCUGUUUGUGACGAUGACUGGAGCGAUUGCCACCUACAUGAUAAUUUUGAUUCAGUUCAACGACAGUUCAUCUCCAACGAAAACUGAUGUACCAUCUACAAUCAAUCCAGCAUGAACUGAGCAGCUUAUUUGAAACUCACUAUAAU